AUUGAAAUCCAAAAGUGUACUAUAUGAUUGUGAUUUUUUAACGUUAAUAGAAAAACUAGAAAAAUACGAGAGAAAUAGAGUAAAAAAAAGAAGACAACGAAAAAGUGAAAUUUUUAAUUUAUUUUAAACAAAUGAUGUAAAUAAUAACGAUAUCGUGAAAAAUAUUAAAUACACAUGCCAGCACAGGUUAUUACUGAAGAAUCGGCAAGGUUUGCCGAGAUCUUGAUCACCAUUCCCCAUAUCAUCGUCGUAAAAUUUGUUGAUGUCGCGACGAUCGGCAAUGAUUUUCUCGGCGAUAUUUACUCUCGUAGCAGUGACUUUCAUUAUAAAACCUUCAGAUUGCCAACUAAAUGAUAAUACACCCCCUACAGUGUAUUUGAAUCGUAAUUGGAUUUUACAUGAAACCGAUCCUGUGGGACAUGUGGUAGAACGUGUUCGCGCUGAAGAUAACGAGCAAGAUGAGUUGUCAUACGGUCUGGAACCAAGUACUCUCAACUAUAAUGGUGAUUUGACAGCUGAACAACCACUACCCUUCACUAUUGACAAUGUGACUGGCAUAAUUUAUCUUAAUGAAACUUUGAAAGGACGGGGAGGACAACACAUUUCCUUAUACGUAACAGUUUCUGAUGGACAACUGAUAGCUAAAUCAGAAGUUUAUGUUAAUAUUAAAACUGCAGACGAUUUUCGAACAGGAGAAACAAGAACGCCAUUUUCAAACCAAUACGGUACCAGUGGAUUAAUUCGGCCUUUUUUACGUUUACCAACACUAACAAUCUCUCCGUCGUCGAGUAUUGGUUAUUCACAAUAUCAACCACCAAUAAAGACUCGUCUACAAUCAAAACUGGAUACUUCAAAAUCAAGUGGAUUUAAUACCGCUAAUUUAGAUAACGCUGUUGCUGCAAAUGUUUCUGAAGAAUCGAUGUUUAACACAAAGGUGAAAUCGAAUAAGUCUUCACCAACUCAAAAUUUUGUGAUGACUUUAGUUUUGGUUGCUGUGAUUUGUGUUCUUAUAUUUGGUUUUGGCAUGGGUGUCUGGACACUCAGAAAACGUAUUUGUAUCAUCAAAAAAUCUAAAAACCAAAGCAAAGAUGCGACAGACAUAAAUGUUUCAACAAUAUCGAAUGAUUUAUCGUUUGAUUUGAAACGAUGGAGAAGUCCGAAAGCUGAUAGAAACCGUUACGAAGCAUGGGAAAAAGAAGAAAAAAUGGUUGAUAUAAAACUAAGAGAUGACAACUGGGAAUUUCCAAGACAUAAAUUGAAAGUCUUUAAUAUUCUUGGUGAGGGCUGUUUCGGACAAGUGUGGAAGUGCGAAGCUCGCGAUAUUGGUACGUCAUCAGGUACAACCAUUGUUGCGGUAAAAACAUUAAAAGAAAAUGCCACUGAACGAGAAAGACUUGAUUUAGUACAGGAGUUGAAAGUUAUGAAGAGCCUUGAAAUGCACCAAAAUGUCGUAAGAUUGUUAGGAUGUUGUACCGACCGUGAACCCAUGUUCGUUAUUCUUGAAUAUGUAAGUGGUGGAAAAUUGCAGAGCUUUUUGAGAGCUUCCAGAGAAGAACGAAGUCAAGGUGGUCCUGGCCUUACUUCAAGAGAUCUCACUGGUUUUGUUUAUCAGGUUGCAAAAGGAAUGGAAUAUCUAACAUCUAAAGGAAUAAUCCACAGAGAUCUUGCAGCACGAAAUAUCUUGAUUGAUGAUAAUAGAGUUUGUAAAGUUGCUGAUUUUGGAUUUGCUCGAGAUGUGACAGAUAAUCAAAUUUAUGAAAGAAAGUCAGAAGGACGAUUACCAAUAAGGUGGAUGGCACCAGAGAGUUUAUAUGAUAAUAUUUUUUCUGUAAAAUCCGAUAUAUGGAGCUUUGGCGUUUUAAUCUGGGAAAUUGUUACGCUUGGGUCAACACCUUAUCCCGGACUUGCAGCUGCUGAGGUGAUGAGAAAAAUCAAAGAUGGUUACAGAUUGGAUAGACCUGAACAUUGUAAAAGAGAACUUUAUAAUAUCAUGUAUUAUUGCUGGGACAAAGAUCCUGUUUGUCGACCAUCAUUCACUGAACUUGUAAAUUUAGCAGAAGGGCUCUUACUUGAUGAAACAGAUUAUAUUGAACUUGAUCGAUUUCCUGAUCAUUCUUAUUAUAAUGUGCUUAGUCUUAGUGGUGAAAAACUGUAAAUAUUAUUGAUGUUAAAUAAAUG